GGGUGCAUUUUCUAUAGAUAGAAUUCUAACAAAAGAUCUUUUUGUGAUUUUCAAUAGAGAUUUGUCUAGCGCGAAUCGAGGUUUGUUGAUUUUUCUACGCGAGAUAUUUCUAGUAUGAAUAGGAACAAAAAUAAAACAUUCUCCCAUCAAGCUGUAUUCUUGGCGAAUCUCCAUUUUUGACGUCAACCCAAAGAGAGUCUCGUUAACGGAUGGCACUGUUUGUUUUCGCUUCUGUCGAAUGUACUUUCUUGAGAGUAAACUCUUAAGAAUUGAUGACUAAUUGGAAUACUGUCACCAAGGUACUGUUGAAUUUUGAUUAUUUGAAUACUAACAUUGGUUAUUAAUAUGUAUUAUAGAAGCCACUCUCCGUUCUCUGACCUAAGAGGGCGAAGCAAUUUUAGUCGAGGUCUGGAUUUAGGUAUUACACCGAGAAUUCAACGUGUAAUUAAUUCCAGAAGACCUCAUAAUGAUAGCUGGACUAAUUAUUAUGAUUUGGUGACACCUCGUUAUACUUCAUAUACUAUUAAAAAACCACAAAGAACGGAUUACACAGAUUUUUUAGGGCCUGCUUUGCAAAGUCGAACUUUGUUAAAACCAAAUUAUGUGCCACGAUCUCGCCUCGAAAGAGAGAGUGUCGUGUCUCCUCUUGUUAGAGAAAGAAAACUCAUUAAAUUUCGUGAAAUCACAAAUGAUAUCUUAACUGGAGUAAGAAGAAAAAUUUCUUGGGAUUUGCCUGAGGAAAUUGAUUCACCUCUUAUAAAUGAGAUGAAAAAAAAUGAAGCGGCGGAUAACAUUAGUGAGCGUAUUAAAAGUAGGGAAAAUAGUUUAUCCAGACGAGGAUCACCUACUGUUAUGUCAAGAAGAUCUUCAGAUCAAAGUAUCGAUCGUAUGUCUCGAUUACGUCUUAAAUCCCCUAGAAAUAGUACUGAAUUAAACCUUGAAAGAAACGAUUUACAAUCCAUACAUAUUCCUAGAAAAAAAUCCCUUGGCUCAUCUCGUCGUAUUAAAAAACAUAAACCAUCAAUAGAAAGUAUUGACGAAAAAAUCUUAAAUAGCAGCGCUAUUAUAAAAGAUAAAAUGGUUAGAAAUAGGCCCCACGAAGAAACGUCAUUUGCCCAAACUGUCGAGAGCACUCAGUCAGCAGACUUACCGAUUAGACGGCGGCGACGACCUGAAAUUACAUGCGAUAAUGAGGGACAGCCACCUGACAUUACCAACCAUAUGCAUCGGAAAUCGGUUAAAUAUAAAAUUACUGAUUCACCUAACCAAUGUGUUUCAGAGCAGCUUGCAACCAAAAAACCUUCUGAGAUGCCUUUGAAAAGUGACAUAAAUGAGGCCAAAAAUUCUCGGACAAAAGAAGUCCCCAAAAAAUACGAUAAGCAAAAUGAAGAAAAACACCCAAGCGAUGUAUUGACCAAAACGUCGUUCAAAUCUAAAAAUGAGGAGAAAAAAUUCAAUUCUGAUUCAAAUACUAUUCAUAAUAAGUUAUGUAAAUCGGAAAAAUCAAGCGAAAAAAAUGAGCUUUUGAAUAUAAUUAAUAAAGAUACAGAAACUGUUCCAAAUUCCUACAUUAAAAACUCCACUGUUCUGAAUAUUGACAGAAAAAGGACAGAUAAAACAGCCGGAAAUAAUUUGGAUUCGAAAGGUAACGAUUUAGAUAAUACUAGUGCCGAAAAAAUAAAAUCAAGUAUUAAUAAACCUCUAGAAAAAUUAAAUUCGGACGUAAUUGUAAAUAAAGAUUUAAACUGCAAUGACAAUGCAAUGAUUUCUAUUCCAAACCGUGUUAAUCAAGAGAAUACAAAAAUAAAAAACGUAGCUGAUCUAAAAGAUACUUCAGUGAAACAUAAUGUUAGUAACGAAAUUCGAGAGGAUAUUAAAAUCUUAGAAUCCAAACAACCAGUCUCUAAAUCUGAUUCUGCAAAUAAAAAUGUUAGUUCUGAAAAUGAAUCUAAUAACAUAUCCCAGAACUCUAAAUGUAAUCUUCCUUCUGCAAACUGGGCAUCCAAAACAGGCUUUACAGCAUCUGACGUAUUAGAUAAACCAAAAGUUGCCGACAGUAAUAAACAAUCUGUGGAAUGUAAUAAAAAGCCCAAAACAACUCAUUUUUCAAAUGACCAGAAACAAAAAACAAAUAAUGAUGCAUUAAAGAAUAAAAAAUCUGAUGAUAUCGUGAUCAAGAAUAAACUACCAGAAGUGAAAUGUAAUUCCAAUUUUGAAAAACAAUCAAGUAAUGAAAAAAUAACACCGAAAUCCAAAGAAUUUUCUCCUAAAGCCAUGAAUAAAACUAAUCUCGAUCAAAGUUCGACUGAGAAUAACAUAAAAUCUCUUCGACAUGAAUCUAAUCCUGCAUUACUUAAAAUGAAAAUAAAAAAUAAUGAGAACACAAGUGAAAUCAAAAGCUCAAAUUUAAACGAUAUUCGUAAUUCUAGUUUGUUUACACCAACAGAUGUUAAGUCGCAAGAUAUUUUAAAACAGAAAAAAAAUAUUUCUUUGAGUCAAGAUGUCAAAAUAAUGAGUAAGGAUCAAGAUGAAAUUGUUGUAAUUUGUAAAUUGCCUCAACCAAAAUCUAAAUCAAAUGAAAUCAUUUCUUCUAUUCAAAGCGAAGUUAAUGCUAAAGCAACUGCUUUAGAAAGUUCCGUGGGUGCAAUUAAUACACAACAACCAAUCAUUCCAGGAAAAACUAUUCAACCUAUUGAUAAACCUGAUAACGUUGAAACGCACAUUAAGUUAAAGGAACCUGACUUAGGUCUUGAGGUUAAUGUAUCUCAUACUGUAGUUUUAAAAUCAAAGUUUCAAAAUGCAAAAACUGUGCAAGCUGAAAAAAAUAUGAACCAUUUAAAAGCUAUUCCCGAUUUAAUACAGAGUACCAUAAAAAUUAGCAGUGAUAACAACCAUAAAGAUAAAAUUAAAAAAAAUAAAGAUUCAAAUAAUAAUAAGUUAUCGGUAGACAUCAAUUCCAAUGAAAUUGUCCGAAAAAUUAUGCCAUCUGAGCAGCUUAAAAGUAACGAUGAAAUUCCUGCGAAAAAUAGUUAUGAAAUUCCUGAUCCUUUACCUUAUAACAAUAAUUUAAUAUCCCAGAAAAAGGAGCAAAAUGAAAUUAUCUUGAAUAAAGAAAUACAAACUUUAAGUACGAAAUCAAAAAGUAAUAGUUUGAACUCAGACGCAAAGGUGAAUAAUUUUAAGUGUAGUAAAUUAGAAACAAAAUGCAGUGAUUUGAAAUCUAACUAUUUAAAACCUCUCGUACCAAUAAGCGACUCGAAUUUGAGCAAAUCAGAAACUAAAGUCACAAAAAAUAAAAAUUUAUCAUCCGAAAAAACAGAAACAAAUGAUAGAGAUUUAGAAGCAAAUGAACCAAAAGUUUUAGAGCUAAAAAUAGAUAAAUUGGUGCCUAGCAAAUCAACAGUAAAAGAUAAAACAUUGGAGUGCAGUAAACCAAUAAUAAAAAACGGAGAUUUGGUUACUAGUACAUUAAAGACUGUAAAGCCAAUGAUUAAGUCAAAUGAUUCAGAUUCAAAUCAAUCAAAAACUGUAGAAUCAAAAACCAGUGAGUUAAAAUUUGGUAAAUUGAAAUCUAUGCUGCCAAAAGUCAGUGAUGUGGAAACCAGUGAAUCAAAAACUAUGAAAACAGUUGGUGAUCUUGAAUCAAGUAAAUUAAUUUCUACAGAGUCUAAACACUCGAGCAAUUCAAAACCAAAAAGCAGAGACCCGGAACCAAACAAUUUAAAGGCUAUUGAGUCAAAAUUAAGUGAUUCGGAAAUUAGUAAAUCGAAACCCUUAGGACCAAAAGCCAGCUAUGUAAAAUCUGAAAAAUUAGAAACUGUCGAAAUAAAAACUGCCGGAAUAGAAUCCAGUAAACCAAAAGCUCUAGGAGAUUCAGACUCUCGUAAAUUAAAAACUGUCGAAUCAAUAAAUGAAUUAGAGUUUAGUAAUUCUAAAAUCAUUGAUUCAAAAACCAGUGACAUGAAAUUCAAUAAAUUAAAAGCUGUAGUACCAAAAUUCAGUAAUGUGGAAGCCAUAAAAUCAAAAACUGUGGAUACUGCUAGUGAUAUUGAAUCAAGCAAAUCAAAAACUGUAGAUGCUGCUAGUAAUAUUGAAUCAAGUAAAUCAAAAACUGUGGAUACUGCUCGUGAUAUUGAAUCAAGUAAAUCAAAAACUGUAGAUACUGCUAGCAAUAUUAAAUCAAGUAAAUUAAAAACUGGGGAUACUGCUAAUAAUAUUGAAUCAAGUAAAUCAAAAACUGUGGAUACUGCUCGUGAUAUUGAAUCAAGUAAAUCAAAAACUAUGGAUGCUACUAGUAAUAUUAAAUCAAAAACUGUGGAUACUGCUAGUAAUAUUAAAUCAAAAACUGUGGAUACUGCUAGUGAUAUUGAUUCAAGUAAAUCAAAAACUAUGGAUACUGCUCGUGAUAUUAAAUCAAGUAAAUUAAAAACUGUGAAUACUGCUAGUAAUAUUGAAUCAAGUAAAUCAAAAACUGUGGAUACUGCUCGUGAUAUUGACUCAAGUAAAUCAAAAACUAUUGGUCCAAAAGUUGAUGAUUUGGAAUGGUGUAAAUUUGAAACUAUAGAUCCAAAAACUAGUGAUUUGGAAUCUAAUAAAUCAAAAACAUUGGAUCCUAAAAAUUGUGACUUAGAAUCUAAGAAAUCAGAAAUAAAAAACAGUUCUUUGGAAUCAGGCAAACUAAAGACUCUUGAUACGAAAGUAUGUUGUUUGGAAUUGAGAAAGCUAAAUCCUAAAGAAUCCUUAGAAUUGAGCAAGCCAAAUAUCAGCAGUGUUAAAUCUGAAAAACCAGAUACUACAGAAAUAAAAUCUGUUGGACUAGAAUCCAGAGCUGAAGGUUCAGUUCCCUUGAAAAUUGCUGAAAAGGGAAAUGAAAAUAAAGAAGUUCUGAAUUCCAGUGAUAAACCAAAAUUAAAACUUGAUAAACGCUCAGUGUGCAGAUCAAAAACAUCGGAAAACAUUAACUCUACUUUUGAAAGUAAAACUUCUGAAAUUGAGGAAAAAACUGCCAGAAAACGUUAUAGAAAAUCAUCUACUGUUCCAAAUGUUGAAACUUCAGAAAAAAUCGUUUCUAAACUAGUUCCAUUGGAAAAGAGAUGGAAAGAUAAUUCUGACUGCUCAAAAUGUGACUUAAAAACAUAUAAAGAUGCUGAUAAUAAUAGUCAGUUAAGUGAACCUGUUGGCUUAUCGGAAGAAAAACAGGUUUCGGUUCAAAAUCGCAAUUGCAAUUCAAAUGAAAAUAAGACAGGAGAACAUAAGCUGUCAUUUAAAACUAAGACUUCUGAAGUUAUUUUGAAACAUUUACCAGAAAAAAUUUUAAAAGUGGUUUCAGAUGUCAAAGAUAAAUUUUGUAACGAGGUUUUGAAGAAAGAGGAAACUGUAAAACUUGAACAUAAAGUAACGGACACUGAUACUCUUAAAACCUCAAACAAAACUGCAAAUAAAACUGGUUUGCAAGAAAAACCUAAGGAUACUACCGAUCUCAAAAAUACUAAAAAAACUGAAAAAAGUGCCAAGAUAGUUGAUGUGAAAUCACCAGUUCAUAAACGAAAAAAGGAUUUACCUCCCAUGAGUCCUCGACCAACCCGUUAUGGAUUGGUUAUAGGACAUCCAGUCAAUUUAUAUUCCUCAUCAUCUGAUUCUGAAUCAUGGGAUUCAAGCUCUUCAGUAUCAUCACUUUAUGAUUCGCCAUAUGAGGAUAAUGAGAAGAGUUCUUUACGAGGAUUCUCGAAUGGGGUGGAGAAGCGAGAAAGACUCUCUUCCACUGUCUCAAAUUCGACAAUUGUCACAAACUUUUCGACAUUAUCUUUGGAUGAGAGCCCUCCAAAGACUCCAAAAAAGCUUAAUUUUCGAAAAUACACCAUCGAUGAUUUUCUCUUUCUGAAACUAUUAGGUACUGGAAGCUUCGGAAAGGUGUUACUGGCUGAACUGAAAGAUCAUGACAUGUUUUUUGCCGUUAAAUGUUUGAGAAAAGAUACUGUACUUGAAGAUGAUGAUGUAGAAAGUGCUAUGAUUGAAAGAAGAGUUUUAGCCCUUGGCACACAACAUCCUUAUUUGUGCAAAUUAUAUUGUACUUUUCAGACUGACAGUUAUCUCUUCUUUGUUAUGGAAUAUUUAAAUGGAGGUGACCUUAUGUUUCAUAUUCAAAAUGGUCAGUUUGAAGAAUCUAGAGCUAUGUUCUAUGGAGCUGAAAUUGUCAGUGCAUUGAAAUUUCUUCACAAGAGAGGAAUAGUUUACAGAGAUAUCAAAUUAGACAAUAUUUUAUUUGACAAGACCGGCCAUGUUCAUCUUGUUGAUUUUGGCAUGUGCAAAUCUGAAAUGCUUGAUCCAUAUGCUAAAACUUCUACUUUUUGUGGAACCCCUGAUUAUAUUCCACCAGAGAUUAUUCUGGGACAAAGAUACAAUCAAUCUGUUGAUUGGUGGUCUUUUGGUGUACUGUUAUUUGAAAUGAUUCUUGGUAGAUCUCCAUUUGUUGGUACAGAUGAAGAUGAACUUUUCUGGAGUAUCUGCAAUGAGGAACCAUCUUAUCCACAUUUUAUAUCAAAGCAAGCAAAAGAUAUUCUACAGAAGCUUUUGACAAAAUCAGUCAGUGAUAGAUUGGGUAUGCCCUCUAGUCCGUAUGGGGAAAUUAAAGAACAUCCUUUCUUUAUUUCCAUUGAUUGGAAUAAACUUGAGAAGAAAGAAGUACCACCCCCUUUUAAACCAACUGUUAUUUCUGCUAGUGAUACAAGAAACUUUGAUCGUAGUUUUACAAUGAAUUCUCCAUCUCUAAGUCCUGUUGAUUCUGCAAUUCUUCAAUCAAUGGAUCAGGAGCAAUUCCUUGGAUUUAGUUACACAAAUCCUAAUAUAGUUGGAUAAGCUUUUUUUUUAAAACCAAAUUUAAAUUUAAAUAUUUCUAAGUUAACUUGUUAAGUUAUUUCUUUGCACAAUUUUUCCAUUUGUAGAUACAUUUCAAUCAUUUCUAACAUCUUGUUCUUUUUUAAUCAUAUUUGCACAUUUUAAAACAAAGGUAAGCUAUAGUAUUUUUCUAACCAUUUUGGCAGUGUUUUCUCACUUAUUGAUCAAGAGCCAAAGUUCUUUUAACAUAAGUAUUGCUAUAUUAUUUCAGUAUAUUUUUUAUAUGAAAAAAGUGAUAUAACUGAAAGAAUAUUUUUAGAUUUGUUGAAAUUUCAUUGAGAUUUUAUAAUGUAUGUUGUAUGAUUAUUAAAUUUUACUUAGAGCUGAAUAUGUGUUUGAACUUUAUUUCCUUCACUUCCUGUGUUAAUAUCUAUGAAAAUUUAAAACAGGUUCAAGUGUCUUUAACUCUUUUGCAGAUCAUUAUUUGGAUUAAUUAAGGCAAUAUUUGCCGCUGUAAAAUUUCUUAUUUAAAAGAUUAUGAUUUUAAAAAAAUAUAUCAUUUGUGAUACUAAAUUGUCUUAUUUUAAAUACACAGAAUGUUACUAUCACAAAAUGCAAGGGAAAGAAAGAUGUUUAGAAAAUUUCUAAGACAAGUCAUUACAUAAAAUGUUGGAUGUAUGUUAAAAAAUAAUUACUACUUGCUCUUGAAAAAAAAUUAUGAUUAUCAAAAUGUAGUGUAUGAAAUAUUUAUCAGAAGAAUAUGGUAUUUUUUGUACAAUUUUUUCUUUCCAUUGUGUUUUAUAAUGUUGCUUAUCCAUGCCAUCUUUGAAAGUUUUUAAUUAUUUUCUCUCAAGUGUAGUCUUAAUUUUGCUACUUACUAUAGACUUUAUCUUAAUUUCCCUUUUUUUUAACAUUGUUCACAUUUCAAGUAAAAAGUUGCUAAGUAAGUUUGUAUAAAAUGUUCCAGAAACAAAAAAAAUUGGAAAUUUAACAAAUGCAUAUUUUUUUCGCUUUACUAUUGGAAAUAUUUUCAUUUGCUUCAGUUCUUAUUAUUUGCAUUAUUCAUUCCUUUCUCCUCUUUAACAAAAUAAUACAGCUGGUGAUAAAAAAAACUGUGAUAACCUAAGAAUGCAGCAGCUUCUUUCCGGCAUGUGAGCAAAUGCUUUUUUCCUUGUUUAUUACACAGUGUAUUGUACCCUUUUUUAAAGUCUUUAAUUACUUUUGUUAUUUGAAUUAAUAAAUUAAUUUUAUCAUGUCUGAGGCUUUACUUGCAUAUUGUUGAUGUCCGGUCAGACUAGUUUAAAUAAAUUCCGUAUUGCUGAGAAAAAUAUAAAUUUUUAUACUUGAGAUGCUAAUGUGUAAUUUAAUUAUGAUACUGAAGUAAACAUUAAAGUCCUGACAAAUUUUUUUUGUUUAUAUUGAACUUAUUACAUUCAUUUAAGUUUUAACAUAAAGUUACUGACCGGUUACUCUAUGAAUCUCAGCUUUGAACUAGAGAUUUUUACCACAUACUUUAAAUAAUAGCAGCAGUUGUGCUUCAAAAUUUUAUUAUAAAUUUAAUUUAAAAUAAUUUUAUCCACAUCACAUAUAAAUAAAUCAGAAAACAUUAUAAUCAUCUAUAUUAAUCUUUAAGAAAUCUGAUUAACAUAUUAUGAUUUUAAGUGUCUCUUAAGUUUAAAAAGAGUUCCCUUAUUUAAUUAUUUUUAUUUCACAACCACUUAAAAUAUUGUGGAUGGCUGAAAUGUAAAUUUGGUUUUAACAUAAUUCAAGGUGCCAGAAGGAAAAAGGAUAAAUGUAACUAUUCAGUUAAAUCCUUUAAUUUUGAAAGAAUAUAAUUCGAUUUCUCAAAAAAUAAUCCUUUUUGAUUCAAAAUCUUAUUUCAUUAGAAAAUGUUGUUUAAUAUAAUUAUGUGCUGUUUUAGUGCAUGCAAAUUAUUCUCAAUCAUUCAUCAUUCCAUGUUUGAUUUAUUAAUUUAGAUUUAUAUAAAUUCUCCUAUGCUUGUCUGAUUGCUUUAAAAUAGCUGCAUGAAGGACUUCUGUGAUCAAGAAAUGUGUAUAGAACCAUAAAAUGUUCUAUGGCAAAAAAUGUUGGGCAUUAUCAGCACCUUUAAGAUUUUUUCUUAGUAAAGAGCAUGUUAAUGUUUAGGUAACUUUAAGAUCUGCCCUGUUCUGUCUUAAAUUUAAAAAUCUGCAGGAAAAAAGUGCAGGAUCUAAAUUUCUAUGCAAAUUGAACUGGGUUCACACUUGUUCAAAUUCCUAAAUGAUUAAUUUAAAGUAUUCUAUUAAGAUUAACUUGAAGUGAAAAUAUUAUGAUCAUUUUUUACUAAUGUUAGUUCUUGAAUGGUUCAUUUAUUUAUUAUUAAAAUAUUUUUUUGUAUUCUAACUUUCCAGCAAAGCAGUGUUUAGUUAACUAUUGAUAUUUGUAUUAAGUUUCCAUUUUAGUUUAGUGAUACAAAAGAAAACUAUAAUAGGUAUGCUAAGUAAGGUUGUUACUAUCAGUUGCAAAAGGAACUUUUGUAUCUGUUAACCGUCAAUCAAUUUACUAUUUUUUCUGUCGUACAGUGAAACCUAUGUAAAUUGACCAUUUGUGGUGCUUUGUUUUUGUGGUCAACAUAUCGCAGGGAUUGAGUUGGGUUAUUUUUGCAUUUAUUUAGAUAUUGUAUUCAUACUAUGGAUUAAAAUAUUGAUAAAUAUAAUUCUAUUUUUUUAACUUGAUUCAGUGUUCGUUACAUUUAAAUUAUUUACUAGAAUGAACUAUGAUUUGUUGUGCAAUGUUCUUAUUAACUUGAUUUUUUUUAAGUAUGCCAAUUUGGUUUUUAGUGUGUUGGCUUUUUAUUAUAAUAUGUAACUAGAAAACUUAAUAUUAUUUUAAUGUCAACAUUUUAAAAUUUAUAUUGUUAUAUUUACAAAAUAAAUUUGUUGUUCUUUACUAUUCAAAGCCUUCAAUACUUUCCUUAUUUAAUUAACUCACUAAAGGGUUUAAGUUAAUUUUUAAUACUACUCCAGGAAUUCAGGAAAUUUGGCAUAAUGUAGUUACAUGAAAAUUUUCCUUAGAAAUUAUUAUUCCAGUCAGUUUAUGAAGGGCUUAGAAUGGCAUUCAAUACCACUAUUAGACAAAUUUGAUUUAUUUUACCAGUUGAUAGACAGGUGACCAAGUUUACAAAGGUUUUGUUUCCUUUAAUUAUAUUCUGUUCUUGAAAAUCGAGGUAAUUUAGAAAUCUGUCAUUUUACAAGGAGGUCAACUUGAAAGGUUUCACUGUAUCUGCAUCUAUUGAUUUGAAAGCUUAGCUCAGAAUUAUUGUUUGUAUUGUAUUUCGUUCAUACCUUGCCAAAAAUGUCAAAAUUGUUUGAAAAAAUUGAUGUUUCUGGGCUCUUAAAAGGAAAAAUAUAUUUUUUACCAUUACUUCUGUUGUUUGAAAGUCAAUUAUGUAAUCACAGAAGUCUCAUUAUUUAAGGCUUGCAAUCAAAAUUAUGCAUCAAAAUAUUUGUUUCCUGUAACAAUUUUUUGGUAAGGUAUUGUACUGCUAUUGAAACAAAUUUUAAGUCUCAAGAAGUUUCACAGUGUUACCUGUAAAUAUCAUUCAAGAUCAUCUGUUAACAGUUUCCUUUCAAAAGAAAGUUAUCAGUGCUGUAAAUAUGUAUAAAUAAAUGCAUUCUUUGAAUUCUA